CACAUCAAAACGUGGUUGCAUUCUGCACGGCACAAAAGACCGCCGGUUGAGCAAACUAAAGUAUGCAGUGCCAAUGAGGUGAGUCCCCUGCUUCCUUAGGCACAUCUUUAGCCUCCUACGUUGACACUCGCGGAAGCAGAUUAAGAAUAUUGACUAUGCGGCUUUCUGCUACUAACGUUCUUUGUACUGCACCCCUUCAUGUAUAUAUAGCAUUCCUAUACCUCGGUUUUAAUUUUCUUUCGCCUUGUGAUGUCAGGUGCGCGCUUUGAGUCGCCGCCUAGGUGGGUUCCCAAGUCCAGAAACUACCGCAACUGGUACCGGGUGAACACUA